CCUCUUCACUCGUUUCAUCCCUCAGGCCUCAUCUAUAUAUAUUACCCUGCCGAUCACACCUCUUCCCUCAUCUCACCACACUCACAAACACAACUACUCCACUAUGUCUAACCCUAAUUUUCAAGAAAACAAACAAGGGCUUGGGCUUUCAAGAAAGCUCUCACCUUUACUUGAAUCUGCUGCUUCUGAUGAUCUUUCUGCGUUCAUCCACCAAAUUGAAGAAAACCCUUUUGGAAUUAACGAGUUUAGCUUCUGGUAUUGUCGAAAACUCGGGUCCAAACAGAUGGGUUUCGAGCAACGAUCGCCACUCAUGAUUGCUGCCACUUAUGGGAGCUUAGAUGUUGUUAAUUACAUAAUUGGCUCAGGAAAAGUUGAUGUGAAUGAGAAAUCUGGUACUGAUUCUGCUACCCCUCUUCAUUGUGCGGCUGCUGGAUGCUCUGAUUCGUCGAUCGAGGUUAUCAAGAUUCUUUUAGCUGCAUCAGGGGAUAGUAAUUGUGUUGAUAUUAAUGGGAAAAGGCCUUGUGAUGUGAUCCCAUUGAAUGGGAAAUUUAUGGGGUUGUCGAAAAGGAAACAACUUGAGAUUUUGCUAGGAGGGUUUGAGGGUGUAGAGACUGAGAUUCCGCAGUGUGUUGAAAAGGAGUGUGUGAGUGAGGUAGUGUUGCCUGAUAUGAAUGUUGGAGUGUAUGGAAGUGAUGAGUUUAGGAUGUAUAGUUUUAAGGUGAAGCCUUGUUCCAGGGCGUAUACGCAUGAUUGGACUGAGUGUCCUUUUGUUCAUCCUGGUGAGAAUGCGAGGAGGCGUGAUUUGAGCAAGUAUAGUUAUAGUUGUGUGCCGUGUUUGGAGUUUAAGAAAGGGAGUUGUGUGAAGGGGGAUGAGUGUGAGUAUGCACAUGGGGUUUUCGAGUCUUGGCUGCAUCCGGCUCAGUAUAAGACUAGGCUUUGUAAGGAUGAGGUGGGGUGUGGGAGGAAAGUGUGCUUUUUUGCACAUAAGAAGGAGGAGUUGAGGCCGGUGUAUGCUUCAACUGGUUCGGCUAUGCCAUCUUCUAAUGUACCUUCAACUCCACCUCCAGGGACUCCAGUUGUAGCCUGUUCAUCGCCAAUGAGUGGGAAUUCGUGGCAAAACAAUGUGACACGUUCACCGCCUAAGAUGCAGCUUCAGAGUAGCAGAUUGAAGGCAGGUUUAAAUGCUAGAGAAAUAGAGCUGGAAAGGGAAUUACUUGGACUUGAUAGUGUGCGUAUUCAGCAGCAUAGACAACAGAAGUUUGAGAACUUUGCUAGUAUGUCUGCCAAACCCAUGUGGAACAAUAAUCGGUUUGGGGAUAUGAAUGGUACCAAUCUUGAUGAUGUUUUUGGAUCUGUUGAUUCAUCAUAUUUGUCACCCCGAAUGCAAUCUCCAACUGCUCAUCAAUUGCGUAGCCAAAACAUGAACCAACAAAUCAGGUCAAGCCACAUGUCCAACAUGAUGUCCUCUCCGUCUAGAGAAGUACCUGCACAUGCCUUUGAUUCUUCAGCUGCAGUAAUGAAUGCAAGGUCAUCAGCAUUUGAAAGUCGAAGCCAUAGCUUUAUUGACCGUGGAGCUGUGAGCCACCCACCUCCAGGCUUUACCUCAUCCGCUGCAAAUUCAACAACAAUGAUGUCUUCUAAAUUAUCAGAUUGGAGUUCCUCUGGUGGAAAGCCGGAUUGGGGAUACCAAGGAGAUGAUCUGCACAAGCUAACGAAAUCAAUGUCUUUUGGGUUUCCUCGUGCAAAUUCUGCAAACAGUAAUCCGAAUAUGACUCCAUACGUUGCUGAUGAGCCAGAUGUUUCUUGGGUGAAUUCAUUGGUGAAAGACGCUUCUUCUCUUGGGGCUGGUGUAUACACUACAAAGCAGAGGCAUGGACUAGAAGGGGUACAUGAGAUGCUUCCACUUUGGGCCAAGGCCGAGCUGAUGUAUAUAGAGCAGGAGCAGAUGGUUGGCACUAUAAGCAAGCUCAUUCAUUCAUUUGGAUUCUAAAUUAAAAUUUUAUCGCUUAAUCUUAUUGAUCUGUAGUAGUAUAUAGCCCUACGUAGCUGAAACAUGGUAAAAUGUAAGCCCCAAAUCUCUUGGAAAUAAUUAUUUUACACUUGUUUGUUUCCUUUACAAA